GAAGUCACGUGUCAACCAGUUGUUUGUCGGUUUUAUAUAAUAUCCGGCGGAAAAACCGGUGUUACUACUUCUCAUUCCUUUGUUGCGUGCGUUCCAGUUAGCUUCGCGUACUCGUUAAAAGUAGUUACUUAUAUCAUCAAAUAUUUCAUCUGAAUAACUAUGGCUCCCGAUCUGACUAAACCUGCACCAAAUUUCGAAGGAACUGCUGUCGUCAACGGAGCUUUUAAAACCUUAAAAUUGCAAGAUUACAAGGGCAAAUAUGUUGUUUUAUUUUUCUAUCCUUUGGAUUUCACAUUUGUCUGCCCCACUGAGAUCAUCGCAUUUUCAGACCGAGCAGAUGAAUUCCGUAAAAUAAAUUGUGAAGUUAUUGCAUGUUCAACUGAUAGCCACUUUUCACAUUUAGCCUGGAUAAACACCCCUCGUAAAGACGGUGGUCUUGGCAAAAUGAACAUUCCUCUCUUAGCUGAUAAAAAUGCUAAGAUAUCAAAGGAUUAUGGUGUUUACAAAGAAGAUGCCGGAUUGUCAUUCAGGGGGCUGUUUAUCAUUGAUGGUGAAGGGAAAUUACGACAGAUAACCAUUAAUGAUUUACCUGUUGGCAGAUCAGUAGAUGAAACUUUGCGUCUUGUACAGGCUUUCCAAUAUACAGACAAACAUGGAGAAGUCUGUCCUGCUGGUUGGAAACCUGGUGAUGAUACAAUGAAGCCUGAUCCCGAGGGAAGCAAAGAAUACUUCAAACGUCACUAAUAACAUGUUUAAUAAUUUUUGCUGUUUGCAUAUAAUAGAAAAAUUACAAUGCAGUAACAUAUUUUGAAUGUAUAUUGUAUAACUUGGUUAUAAGAUUAACUGUUAGCUCCAUUAGAUUUAAUUUUUGUAAAGGAAGAAACUGCCAUAUCUACCAGGAAGCUGAUAUUUGUAAUUUUUUGAGUUGUAUGCAAUAAAAUAUCUGUUGCAUUUA